AUGACUAAGUUCUUAUGGCUCCACACUGUAGGAGGAGCAGAAGCUGGCAGCAGGAGUGCGAGAAACUGUCGCUCUCCUUCCAUCCACCGCAGAGAGAAGCGCGGCCAAUCGGCUCUGAAGGAGAGGAGCCGAACAUCGUUGGCAUUCAGCCCACGUGGCCUCAGCCCGGAAGCCCGAUCCAAGCCCUGCGUGCUGCUGUCUGCUGAUAAUACCCUGCUCCUCACGGGACACAGUCACGGCUACAGAGACUUGUGCCAGCGCUGGAGGAGAUCUUUACUUUGUGCCCAAUCCAGGGUCCUCCACGGUUUGCCCGCCUCCUCUGGGGCAGAGUUCACUACAGAAGCAUUGGCUCGUUUCCAGGGAGACGCCGAUCCUGCAGCCACUUCAAUCACGUCUUCACCGCUGGCUGCGGGGCGGCCCUCGUGGCCAGGAUGCCGCUGUGUGCCUUGUCAGUCCACAGUGGACGGUGAGGGCCAGGAGGAGGCCGCAGAGACCAGGAGACUGAGAGGAGGAGGUCCUCAUCCAUCAGGAGACAUGAACCUGUGCUGGAAUGAGAUCAAACGCAAGUCCCACAACAUACGGGUUCGACUGGAGGCCUUCUCCGACAAUAGUGGGAAGCUGCAGCUCUCUCUCCAGGAGAUCAUUGAAUGGCUGACCGCCAAAGACGAGGAGCUGUCAGAGCAGCUGCCCAUAGGGGGCGAUGUGGGGGCUGUCCAGCACCAAAGGGAAUUCCAUCAGGUAGGAAGAGAAUCCCCACAUUAUAAUGCAGCUCACUUCACACCUUCACCUCCAGGGAGCAACAAUUAG